AUUAAAUUUGGAGUCUAUCUUUUGGGUAUUUGGACAUAGUUGUAAAAUCUGUAGGACACCUCUCUCUGUCUGUACAGUACAUAUACCCCUGCUAAACCCAUUUUAAAUCCCAAUUCGUUUCCUAUCUGCAAAUACUAAUCAGAAAAUGCCCUUUUAGUGCACUUCUCUGACCUGUCUUCUCUCCACUGAUUCACUGACUAUAUUUUCCCCUUCAACUAGACAAGACCACCCUGUAUUUUUCGUUUUUCGUUCGUAUGCAUAAACCACCCGAUGUAAAAAUCUGCUUCUAUACAAAUCAGACGAAUAAAAUGGUUUUUAUAGAGACAGAGGUACUAAAUGCUACCAUCUAACAAUUGUUUGAAACAUGACUAAUAUGUGAGCUUGGGUUGAACUGACAGCAACUAGGGUUGAUUUGUAAUUUCACCAUCCGGCUUUUGAACGCUUCUUUUUUCAAUGCCAAGUGGAACCCCGGAAGAAGGCUAUUAAGAAGCGGAUAAGACUGUCGUCAUAACUGGCUGACCUUACUUAGUGCAGUUGUCUGGCUGUGAUGAAUUCAUAACUUUUUCUUCCUUCCUCUCUCGGGAUUUCAUGUCUCAUUUGCAUGCGAUAGUCAUUGUUCCCUCUUACGAGCAGCUAAGGUGAAAUACAUUUAUUCUUUUCGACAUCAAUUUUUUCUUUCUUUUUCAACAUGCUUCAAGUUAUCACUUAUUUAGAAGUUCUGUUUUCUCAAAUGAAAUAAGACUGCUCGUAUUGAAGCCAAGCAAAAUUCUUCGACUUUUAUGUUUGAAAUGUUUUUCCUUAAAAACAAAUAUUAUUUGUUAAAAUUUUGGAAAAAGAUCAACAAUUUGGAUUUUUUCCUCCGUUUUUAAAAUCAUCUUCAACCGGAAAUGCCAACUACCAAGUGGCAAAAUUGAAUUCAGGACUUCAUCCUUUUGAAAUCUUAACACUUUCCUCUCAUCGGUUUCAAAGAAUUUGGAGUCGUCGAAAUCUCUGGAAAUCGUCGAAAACUGGAAACAAGCCGCGCAAUAAUUGUUCCAACUUUCGGAGAAAACGAUGAAAUAUUUGUGCACGGGCUUAGUUGCGAAAUAUCGGAGCUUCAUCGUCAUAAAAUGAAGGGAAUGUUUGCAGCUUUACGACCUGUUAACUUGUUUGUCCCGAGUGUGGUCGCGCUGCUCACUGACCCAUAAAACCCCAAAUUAGGAUCCAUUUUGGAAUUUGCCCGGUGAGAGGAGAGGAGAAAUUUGAUCUCUGUGGGAAAUGCGGCCAGUAUUUGGGAAGUAUUAUUCAGUGUCAAAAUAUGAUAACUGUGAAGUUUAUCGUCCAAAUCCCUGACCGAGUUAAAUCACAGUUGGCUGCUCACUGUUAAAAUCUAGUAUUUAAUGUGUCACUUUUCAACACGAUUCUUAUUUCUCUCUGGCACAAAAUUAAACCUAUUCUGUCUUUAUUAGUACCUUAUUCUAUAAUUCAAGCUCUCUAAUAUUGUAAUUCUACUUUUGAUUCUGCCGGCACGGGGGUGCUGUUUUUUUAUUCUUCCAGUUAUGACAAAAUGACUAUUUUGGAAAUGCAGCAGUGGUCUCGUGGUCUCAGUUGGACUAUCUCUCUCUAGAUGGGGUUGGCGAAUGGACUGUUAGCAUUGUUAACCUGCACAUUUCCAGCAAUAAUCUCAACAUGUUCUGCCCGCAUCCAAAUUAGCCCAAUUAUCGGCUGAGGAGAAAGCAGAUUUGCGCUCUGCCCUCGAGUAUCAUAUCGUUGUUCAUUGUUUUAGUUGAUCAAAUUCACUCAAUUUUACUCUCUUGUCUUUCUCCCCUUCUGUGUCAUAAAGUUCCCCCUCUUGUCUUACCAUUAUCUCAUACCAUCAUUACCAUCGCCCCUUCUUCCUCUUCUUACCAAUUAUCUCCCCCACGCCAAUCCGGUUAUUGGAGAAGCCCAGAGUCAUUGGAGUGGAAUUGGCCUUGAAGUAUCUCCCACUUUUGCUCUGGUCCCCAUUUAAGACCAGCCACCUGAGUCGAGCAGCACCACAAGAGCCCCUUUGGUCAUAAGAAGCUUAUUCUCAUUUUACAAUCUCCUCAUUAUUCUCCUCAAGAUUCCAGCCCAACUGUAAACUCACUUUAAAUGAACAAAUCGGGAUACGUGGAAUAAAACUGGGAAAAGUUCAAUAUUUACAGCCUGCGACCUUUUUGAUUGCAAACUUUUUAUAAUCACCUGAAAUCUGGCAAUUUAGAAGUUAUGGUUGAGGUAUUAGCAGCUCAAAACGACCUCUGUAGUUAUCUGCAACGAACCCACAUCACAUCAAACCGAAUGAUAGCCUCCAACGUUACCAUCCAGGGAUCCCAGACUUCCCGAGGACUCCUCGGCAGCUCCUCGCGAUUAGGAACCCAAGAGGAGUCUAGACUUCAGGGGGAGUUGUCAUUACGUGGAGAUUUAAGGCCGAAGAACGACAUCUUCUCUGAGAACCUGGAUGUGACCCUGGAUCUUCUGGAGGAAGAGGGCGAGGAAAGUGCAAGUGUGAAGGACAUGUAUGAGAACAUGUAUCAGAGUGUUUCUAUGAUCUCCACCAACUGCAGUUUGGCGUCGGCGGACACCAGCAGCAUCGCAUCCAGCCAUGGGGACUACGAUAUUCCGUUUGAAGAGAGCUACUACGUGAAGAAGAAGCUCUUGGCUGGCAACAGCCGACUCUCCAAUGAACUCACUCAGCCCCAAGUGGACUCGGCACUGGACCGACUUAAAAUCAACGAACAGGUGUCCCAAACUGCAGUCGUUUCACCUCCCUACUUCUUCAUCGACUUCGACAACGACCGAAUCAGCGCAAUAGACCCGCCUAAGUCGAACACAGGCAUGGUCAACUCACAGCUAUGCUACCAGUCACCUCUUUUCCCCAGCACUGUCAGCCAGAACAAACCAGCAAAUAACCAGCAUACAGUCAUCAAAACAAACAAAAAUGACUUUAAUUUAUACAAACCCGAGUCCAAAUCAAAAGACUUCGAACGCACCAACCAAAAACUGAACUCGAAAUCAGAUAAAGUCACUCUUCAGAAACUGCUUUCGGGUAUUAAUGAGGAAGGGGCGAACGAAAAUCGGGAAAACAUUGGUGGGUUCAGUUUGAAAAGCAAAAAACACAGAAGCAAAAGCUCGAUCGGGUUCGCAUCUAAGAAGUCGUCGCCAGGCGCUGCAUGUCUUAGCUACGAGUCGGACGCUUCAUCUUGCAGGACUCAGUCUACGGUUAAAACAGCCUACAAAAGCAGCAAAAGUGAGAAGAACGGAGGGUGUGUCAAUUGUAUGGAGGUGAUUGGAGGCCAGUUUAAUUAUGAGAAGAGGUACAGUUCCAAUCAGUCGCACGUGGGCGGUAGUAGUUUGACAGACGAAUGCGCCAGUAGUGUCCACUCGGCCUUUACUGACGCGGUCAGUGGAGAAUAUUCUAGAAAGAAUGCCUGGUUCUCGAGGGAGAAGAGGAAGCGAAUCAAGAAGAUGCUCAAGAUGUACAAUGCAGAGCACAAUAGCAGCCCCACUGAUAUGCUCCAGCAGAAUCUCCCCAAUCCACAGAAGAGCCAAAGUAGCCGAAAAGUCCUCUUGGCAGAACUCUAGUCGACAUUCAUUCAUUUUUAUCAUAUGGACCAAAACAGUAAAACACUUUUUGCUAAACAAAGCAGAUUUGACUGAGUUGUUAGAAAUUAAUUAGUUGACUUUGUAAUUUAAAUUCAAUUCAAUUUUAAUAAAUA